AUCAUUUUUCCUUCACUUUAUCACCUUUUCCGCCCAAUUUCCCUCUGAACUCCAUGAAAAUGUGAUGCUCCACUGUCUCCCGUGGGGCUCAAGCUCCCUUCUGGAUGCUCCAUUGUCGGGGAAAAUGCAAAGAAAAUCGUGGAAAUGGGAAUUUUCUCAGUGACACAAAAAAGUGAGGUUAUGUUGAAGAAAUUGCGUGAAAGAAAAAGGUCAACAACGAUGAAUUUUUUGGAGAAAAUGAAAUUUCCCACGCGCCGGAAGUGAAUUUUCUUUUGUCAUCACGGGAGUGUGGCUUUGUUCCGCACGCUGAGGCCAAACGUCGCGCAAACAAAAGCCAAAGUGUUGGGGGAAACAAGGAAAAUGAGUGAGAUGGAAUGAUUUUCCUUUUGUGUCGCGCCGUGAAUUUUCUUUGAUUUUCCACACAUUUUGCGUGCUCUCCAUCGUAGUAUUUUCCGUGAUUUUCACACAUUAAGUCGCGUGUUUGGGUGUAAUUUAGCUGUGUCGUGGAAUUUGCGUGGAAAAUGGGGCCCCUGCCCAAUGAAGCUGAUUUUCGUAGUGACGGAAGUAUGGCGGAAAGGAGAAAAGAUGAAGCAUCGCGGUCACAAUCAACGAGUCACGUAACCCCUAGUCAGACAGCACCACGUGGCGAUACUCAACAUACGACGGAAACACACCUCGAUGAGGACAUCAUCCAAGCACUCGUGGAGACGUCAUUGGAGAAGAAUAGUCCACUUCCCCUCAUUCGCAGUUUGGGGGCGAUUUUCUCCUCAACAGAUGCCGUCGCGGCGAGUUUCAGGGCACGUGCCGUCACCCCGAUUGACCUCCUCCUGCGGAAGGCAACACAGAAGGAUUUGCGGAAUCUCACAAAGGAGGAUUUGCGCUCACUCGAGGGGGAUCUCGACAAAGACGAAGACAGUUCGUGUGCCGGCAAGGAGACCCCACCGGAAACUCAUGAGACUGAUGUGGAUGUGCUGAGUCUCCGGCGAUCCGUGAAGCAAUUGUUUGGCAUCGAUGAUCCAGACGCGAAUAAGCCCAAGAAUACCUUUCCGGUGUUUGAGCUUGUCAAUAAUGCCCUCCAAACACUCGCAACGUCUCUCAAAAUUGAUCUGGAGAUCACAACACAGAGGGAGGCUGUUGAGGAUAUCAUCAGGACAUUCGUAAUUGUCUUUGAAGUUAUUUGCAUUGCUCCAGCGGAAUUCCUCGAAGGUGCCCUAACGCGAAUGUGUAGUGCAGCUGCGAAUCUUCCAACGUGGGCACAGGGAAGACUCGCGUGGAUCUGGGCACGGCACUGUACGCCAAUUUUGCGACCACUGUUGGAGUCUCUGCAGCAAAUAAUAACACUUCAGGUGAUUCCCACGAUGAUCCCGGUGCAGGAUAAUGAGACAAUUGUCAAUGCCACGAAGGUGAUGAAGAUUCUCUACUAUGCGGACAUUCUGGCGGGUGAUGUGGAUCCGGGGCAGCUGCGUGAGGAUGAUGCCACAUCGACGGUGUCGGGAACGGCGGGGGUUGGUGCUGAUGAGGACUUGGAGGCAACAGCACGAUGGAGCUUUGAUGAGGUUAAAUUCACGGGAGCAGCACGUGCGGACCCCCUUGCGCAGGAACUUGGUGUUCAACCGGUUGACGCGCGACGCCCCUUCUUGCCACUGUCGGAGUUCUACAAUGAAUCCCUGAGUGAUACCAUUGAGAUGGAUUAUGACUAUCUCAACUACAAGAACCUCCAUAUGGAUGAGAAGAAUAUGAAUAAGAAAUUCUGCUUUAUGCUCUACUCAUUUAUCCUCACACCGGCCACAAAGACACUGGCGCUGUACUACGAUAGUCGCAUCCGGAUGUACAGUGAGCGUCGAAUUAACCUGUUCACAACGCACCUCUCGGGGCAAACCCCAAAUCCCUAUUUGAAGCUCAAAGUACGCCGUGAGCAUCUCAUUGAUGAUGCUCUAAUUGAAUUGGAAAUGAUAACAAUGGAGAAUCCAAAGGAUCUCAAGAAGCAACUUGUGGUGGAAUUUAUGGGGGAACAGGGAAUUGACGAGGGGGGUGUCUCAAAGGAAUUCUUCCAGCUCAUUGUUGAGCAAAUUUUCAAUCCAGACUAUGGGAUGUUUAUCAAUCAGGAGGACACAAACACCAUGUGGUUCAAUUCGACAUCAUUUGAGAAUGAGGCCCAAUUUACGUUGAUUGGGAUUGUUUUAGGACUAGCAAUAUACAACAAUAUCAUUCUGGCUGUGAACUUCCCCAAAGUGGUGUACAGAAAACUCCUCGGUAUUCGUGGAUCUUUUCCCGAUCUUGAAGAUUGGAAUCCUAAGCUCUAUCGAAGCUUAAAGGCAAUGCUUGAGGAUGAGGAUUCAGACAUGGAGACAGUGUACAUGCAGACAUUUGAGAUAAAUUAUCAGGAUGUCUUUGGGAAUGUUCUGAGGCAUGAACUCAAGGGGAAUGGACGUGAAAUUGCCGUGACGCAGGAUAACAAGAGGGAAUUUGUGGAUUUAUACAGUGAUUACUUACUAAAUGGGGCCAUUGAGAGGCAAUUUGGGGCCUUCCGCAAGGGUUUCCGCAUGGUUACGGAUGAAUCUCCGUUGGCGCUACUCUUUCGCCCUGAGGAAGUUGAAUUACUCGUCUGCGGGAGCAAGGAGUUUGACUUUGAGGAACUCCAAGCAGCUACGGACUACGAUGCAGGCUAUACAGCUGAUACGCCGGUCAUAAAGAAUUUCUGGGAAAUUGUUCAUGCACUUCCGGUGGAGAAUCAACGGCAAUUGCUGGAAUUUACAACGGGAAGCGAUAGGGUGCCCGUUGGGGGCUUAAGUCGCCUGAAGAUGGUUAUUUCACGGAAUGGCCCCGACAGUGAUCGGCUCCCAACGAGUCAUACGUGCUUCAAUGUACUCCUACUGCCGGAGUACAAUACAAAGGAGAAGCUGAAGAGACUCCUACUCAAGGCCAUCAGCUACUGCAAAGGUUUCGGAAUGCUAUGAGGAUGAAAUGAAAUGAAGAAAAAUUGAGUAAAAUGAUGAUGGAAGUAAAAGGAAAAUUGUGAAAAUAUAAA